GAGUCUGUCUCUACAACUGGUCAACUGCUCUCUUGUAUCUUUUAUCUCUCUCCUCAGCUAAUUUGAUUGAUUAUUCUUCCUGAAAAUUGGAGUUGAUUUCUGCGUUCGUAGAGAGCUAGGGUUCACUUUGGUGGAGGUCUCUGUUCUCCGUGCUGUGCUUUUUCUCUGCCGUUGUUCACUGAUCGAUUAACGGAAGUUCUUAAAAAACAACGAUAAGCGUGAAGGUAAUUUCUGUGUGCGAUAAUUUGCUUCUACCUACUGAACUUGUAACUGUUUGUUGAUUUGAUUUUUUUACAUUUCUGAUGCUGCUCUAGAAAAAAAUUUAGGAGAAGUUGUUACGGUCGAAUAGUUAUGAAUUAUAAUCCUCCACAAGUCAUGAAGCUUUUAGAUUAACCGGUUGACUUCACAACAAUUGGUAUCAGAUCAGACACCACGUCAUGAGUUUGAGUCACGGAAUUGGCGACUUAUGCAUUGGAAUAAAAUAUCUUAGAAUUAUGUAUGGGCAUAGUGUAAUCGCAUUGAUAUAUUUUCAUAUUUUGUCCAGCUCUUCCUCCGCCUAAAUUGGGUUGAAAAUUUUUAAUUGUUGUGAUCUCCUAAAGGGCAAUGAACAUCGUGAGUUCGUUAUUGGACAUUGCUACCCUCUUAUGGGACUUCACUGCCAAACGUGUGAAAAUUAUAUGUGGUUUGGAAGAGAAUCUCAAAUCAUUGGAAAGUGCAAUGGAGCAAUUAAAAAAUUGUCAGUGAAGAUAUGAAGAGAAAAGUGGAACUUCAACAGGAGCAGCAGAUGGCAUGCACGAGGCAAGUGCAAAGCUGGCUACUCAAGGUCGAAGUUAUAGAAACCCCGGUGAAGGAAAUUCUGGAGAAAGGUGGUCAAGAGGUCCAGCAGAAAUGUCUUGGAGGUUGUUGUCCCAAGAACUGGCGGUCAGGCUACAAGGUAGGAAAGGAAGUAAAAGAAAAGCUCAAGGUUGUUGAUGAACUAACGAAUGCAGGAAAUUUUGAUGUUGUGGCCGAAAUGUUGCCUCGUGGACUGGGGGAUGAGAGACCUAUGGAGGAGACAGUGGGAUUGGAUUCAACAUUUGGGAUGGUAUGGAGAUGGAUCAACAAUGAACAAGUCAAAGUUAUUGGAAUCUAUGGAAUGGGGGGUGUUGGAAAGACUACCCUUUUGAAAAAAAUUAACAAUAAGUUCCUCCAAACAUGCCCAGGUUUUGAUCUAAUGAUUUGGGUUGUGGUGUCCAAGCAAUCAAAUGUGGAAAAAAUUCAAGAAGCUAUUUGUGAGCAACUGAAGCUUCCCAAUGAUGUAUGGAAAAAUAAAGGUGAGGAUGAAAAGGCCACAGAAAUAUUUAGGGUCUUGACCAGGAAGAAAUUUGUGUUAUUGUUAGAUGAUGUAUGGAAACGAUUAGAUCUUUUGAAAUUGGGGGUUCCUGCUCCAGAUGUUCAGAAUAUGUCCAAAAUAGUAUUUACAACUCGAUCAGAGGAUUUAUGUGGCCACAUGGAAGCUGACAAGAAGAUAAAAAUGGAAUGUUUGGCGAGGGAGGAAGCCUUAGCUCUGUUUCGGAAGAAGGUGGAUAACGGCACUCUAAAUUCUCAUCCAGAUAUACCAAAGCUUGCAGAAAUCAUCGCUAAAGAGUGCAAAGGAUUACCACUUGCCCUCAUCACUGUUGGACGAGCCAUGGCUAGCAGAAAUGAACCCUGUGAAUGGGAAAGGGCAAUAGCAAAACUGAGGAAAGAUCCAGCAAAGUUUUUGGGCAUGGAUGAUGAUGUAUUUCAUGUCCUAAAGUUCAGUUAUGAUAGAUUAGACGAUGAUGUAAUUAAAUGUUGUUUCAUUUAUUGUUGUAUAUUCCCAGAGGACUAUGACAUUUCAAAUGAUGACCUUAUAGACCAUUGGAUAGGGGAGGGAAUUCUAGAUGAAUUUGAUGACAUACAUGAGGCACGUAAUCAAGGACUUGAGAUUAUUGGAAGCCUAAAGCGUUUAUGUUUAUUAGAGAAUGCUAAAUCUAAAGAGCAUGUCAAGAUGCAUGAUGUGAUUCGUGAUAUGGCAUUCUUGAUUGGUUGCAGAUGUAGUGGAAGGAAAAACAAGUUUUUGGUAUUAGAAAGUGCUGGGUUGAUUGAAGCACAUGGGGUUACUACAUGGAAGGAGGCAGAAACGAUAUCAUUGUGGGGUAGUGGCAUCGGAGACAUCUUGGAAAAACCAUUUUGCCCCAAUCUUCUGACUUUCUUUGUGAGACAUGCUGCACUAAGGACAUUUCCUACUGGGUUCUUCCAAUUUAUGCCUGUAUUAAGGGUAUUGGACUUAUCAUCUAAUUUUCACUUGAUUGAGUUACCUGUGGGAAUCGAUAACUUGAUAAUGUUGCAGUAUCUUAAUUUAUCAAAAAUGCAGAUCAGGGAGUUGCCUGUUGGGCUGAAGAAUCUGACAAAAAUGAGAUACCUGCUACUGAAUGCUACAUAUAAGAUGGAAAUCAUUCCACGGCAAGUCAUUUCAAGUCUUUCACUGUUGCGAAUGUUCAGUAUAUCUGGCCGUGACUCUUCAUCUGACAAUCUUUUGGAAACCAAUGUUUUAAGUGGUAGUAGAAAAGCGCUGUUAGAGGAAUUGGGGUGCUUGGAACACAUGAAUGACAUAUCCAUCACCGUAUUUGAUACCCUUUCUGUGCAAAAAAUACAGAGCUCCCACAAGAUACAAAAGUGCAUUAGUUAUCUAUGUCUGGAGAGAUGUGAGGGAUUGACCUCACUUAGUUUGUCAUCAUCAACUCUGAGAAGAAUGAAGCAUUUGGAGAGACUUGAUAUGUAUUAUUGUCAAUUCGAAUAUCUAGAAAUUUAUUCAGAACAAGAUGGGAGACGGGACACUGUAUUUGAUACUUUUCUUAACUUGGAGUUUAUAGGGGAUGGCUGCUUCCAUAAUCUAUGUUAUGUAUAUAUUGCUUAUUGUGAUAAAUUGUUGGACUUGGCAUGGCUUCUUUAUGCUCCGAGCGUUCAACUUCUUGAUGUAGCUCACUGUGAAAAAAUGGAAGAAAUCGUGUGUGAACCUUAGUGAAGUUGCAGAGAUUAAAUCCAACUCGGGCAUAUUCUCAAGGCUCAGAACAAUUCGUUUGAUGAACCUUCCAAGGCUUAGGAAUAUCUAUCCAUGGACCUUGCCCUUCCCCUCACUUGUAGAGAUCCGUGUGGCAGCAUGCCAAAGAUUAAGGGAGCUCCCAUUUGAUUCAAAUAGUGCAAAGAAUAGUCUAAAGGAAAUCAGAGGAGCAGUGUGGUGGUGGUGUGGUUUGCUGUGGGAUGAUGAAACCAUUGAGUCUAUAUUCCAUCCAUAUUUUGUACAAGAUGGGCCAUUCUGAUAAAGACGGAAAGAGAUGUUCUUUCAAUUCCAAGUAAUGACAUGGAUAUAUUCCUUCCAGCAAUUCCAGAUAGUUGUAUCUCAUCUGUGCUGGUGAGUGGUGACAUUCAUCAGCCCAGCAUCAAGCUUCAAUGGUUUUAUACAGAAUCAAUUCGGGGGGUUUCCCUUUAAUGUGUCUUGAAGCUGCUCUGUUACCAACUUAGCGAUAGAAUGAAAGUCCAGGGAUGCACUCAAAAACUAUGAUUCUUUGAUAAUGUACAAUAAAGUUCCUCCAGAGCUUCACAAGGCAAGGCUCGACAGUCGACACAAAGGUACUCAAUAUAACACAAACUCUUUAAUCUUUAUAUCUCUAACCAACAGCAGGACUGAACAUGGCCGGAGUACUCCUCUAGUGCCUCCACUUUUGUCCAGUUGUUAUCUUUCAAACCUAUUAGAUAGGCUCUGUGGGGCUCACCAAAUCUUGGACAGCCAAUCACUAACAACUUGUCCUGCCAUGCUGUCACGUAUGAUGUAUGGUGUACCUCAGUUGGAAGUUCAGCUACUACUUGCCAUAUAGGACUCUGUAGGACCUCCACAUCACCAGCCCGACACAUGAAGAGUCUUCCAUCCCCACUGUCCAGGCAAGUCAUUGGACACGUGGCAGUUUCCAAGAAGUCCUCUUGGACUUGCUUCCACUGCCAUGUGGCAACAUCAAAAGCUUCGGCACUUCUCUCAAAGCAACCUUGCAUCUCUGUGGGGUACCCACCAAUGACAUGGAACUUGCCAUGGUGGAACACCCCCUUGCACUCAUCGCGCUCCCUUGCCAUAUCAGGUAGUUGGACCCAUUCAUCUUUUGUCAUGUCAUACGCCAUUGUAGAUCUCAAUGCAUUUUUCUGGGUGUCAUGUCCACCCGCAACAAACACCAUCCGAUGAGAAUCAGAUGCACAAGCAAAGAAUGAUCUAUGACCUCUAGGCAUAUCGGUCCCGCGACGCCACUUGGCCGAAACGAAAUUGUAAAUGAACAUCGCAUUUGAAACCUCCCAAGUUACUGGGUUCCAGCCUCCGAUUACCACCAGAUUCAAAUCCAGUGCAGCAAGUUGGCAAAACAUUGGCAACCCAUCGGAGAGUCCUGGAACUGGUGGCAGCUCACUCCAGCCACCCGUUUUUGCCUCGUAAAGCGUGAGUCGAUACACCGGUGUAGCAGAAUACUUCUUGAGUCCAUGGUUGUUGGUUGGGUCAACCCGUGCCUGUGCCAUCACUAUGAUCUGCUGGCAUACACCAGCAGCCUUCCGCCACCGCCAAAACUCUGGCAGCUCAAUCUCUACCUUCCAGCUCCGACAUACCGAUGUAAUGGAUGAGAAGUGUUGAUAAGGGACCCGAAUCAGACAAUCUAGGCCAACGUCAUCAGGAAGACCCGGAAUGAUCUUCAUGACUGGAAUAUGCAUACACAACUUGUAAGUAAGAAAAGAAGGCUAGAUAGAUAAAUUAUAGAAAGAAGAUUGGAUGUGUUUUGCUUUUAUAGAUAUAAAUAGUGGGGAGGUCCAUCCCAUUGUGAGAAUGUCCAUUGUUAAAAGGUUUGGUAGUCUUCUAGAAGGUUGGGGGAUAUUGAAGUUAAAAGAGAAAGUGACAUUAUGGGAGGCCAUAGCCUUGGCUCUAGAACGUUUGUUAUCCUGUUGUUUUCUUCCACUGAUUUACGUUUGCCUGUGUCUGUAGUCCACUGAAUAGUAAUAAAAAAAAAAAAGUUUGAUACAUUUGAGGGUCUAGUAGUGUGUAGUGUAUAGUUGUAUCAUCCACAGGUGCACAAAGUUAAAAAAGUCUGUGGGGAUGCUAGUGUUUGGAUUUUUUGCUGUACCCACUGGAGCCAACUGGCUUGA